AGCUCAAUUUUGUUUGACAGAAGUUGUUUGAUUUUCAUAAUUUUACUUUUACAUUUAUUCAACUGUUGCUAAAGGAAAAUAAUUGAAAGAAAAUACAUACAUAAAAAUACAUACAUAAAAAUAAAGUACAUAAAAAUGCAAGAUGUGACCGCAAGAGUAUUUGCGGCAAUGCAAAAUCUUGAUAUAACAGCAUUGAGCACUUAUCCGCAAAAUGAAAUUCGACCUGUACUGCCAGCUUUAGUGCGUAUGAGCCUAUUGUCACCACUCGACAACACAAAAUCGUCGAUGGAAUCUCGCAAACAAAUAUUAGCCGUUCUUAUAGGCAUUGAAGUGGUAAACAGUAUAGUGUCAUAUUUACAAGUCAAUUAUCAUGAGCUCGAGCAAGAGCUGAAGAAGGAAUUACAGGCCCGGCAAAAAUCCAUGUACUAUGAUGGACAACAAUCAGAGUUUGGAUUACAAACAGGCAUAGCUUUGGGAUUCGAAAGAGCCGAUGUGACACGUAAAGUGCGUGUUGUUUUAUCGGAAAUAUUUAACGUUCAAUGGCAGUUGUCCGAACAGAAGACUCCCGUUCAAUCUGAAAUAUUAGACGAUGGUAUAUAUUUGGAAGAAGUCGUUGAUAUUUUGUGCAUUGCUUUAGCUGAGCUACCAUCAUUAUUAAAUAUACUAGAGCUGACUGAUACUCUGGUUCAAGUACCAAAUGGUCAUCGAAUUAUAUGCGCAUUAGUGGCAAAUUUCCCUGAUUGUUAUCGUGAUGUCGUUACCCAUGUAAUAAUCAACUGUGACGAAGAGUCAAAUGAAGGAAAACAAAAACUUGUGCUCUUAAUGGCAUUAAGCGAAAUAAAUCCUUCGCAAGCGUUAUCAACCAGAGCAAUAUGUGUGGAGAUAUUGAAAGUACCUUCUUUUAUGCUUAAACUUUGUCUUAAAUAUCCACAGGAUUUGAUAUCGUUUUUAACAGGCAUGUUGCUAGGAAAUGAUCAAAAUGUGCGUACAUGGUUUGCCGAAUUUGUUCAUUCCAGUCAAAAACGUAAAGGAGAUGCAUUAAUUCUGGUUAGAGCCGAAUUAUUGCAACAACUGCUGAACAUCGUAAAUAAUUCAACUAAUCAAAAUAGUGACAUUGAAGACUAUACCGUCCAAGGGGCUGUAUUGAUGCGAUUAUAUUGUGCAUUGCGUGGAAUUGCUGGCUUGAAGUUUAAUGAUGACGAAAUUAGUGCAUUGGCACAGCUAGUUUCGAGUAAACCGCGACCAACUCAAUCAGGCAUGAGAUUUGUUUCACUAGCACUUUGUAUGUUGAUAGCCUGUCCGUCAUUGGUUUCUACUGCAGCUCUUGAAAACAAGGCUGUCGAAUGGCUACAAUGGCUGAUUAAAGAGGAUGUAUUCUUUGGCAAGAGAUCUGAUGCUAGCACAUCCCUUGGUGAGAUGCUUUUGUUGUUAGCCAUUCACUUUCAUGGGAAUCAAAUAUCAGCCAUAGGGGAGCUUGUCUGUUCGACCUUGGCCAUGAAAAUACCCAUACGUCCGAACAGUACAAAUCGUAUAAAACAAGUUUUCACACAAGAUCUUUUCACGGAGCAAGUAGUAGCAUCACAUGCAGUGCGUGUGCCGGUCACACCGAAAUUGAAUGCUAAUAUACCUGGUUACUUGCCGGUACAUUGCAUACAUCAGCUUCUAAAAUCAAGGGCCUUUUUAAAACAUAAGGUGCCUAUAAAAUCUUGGAUUUAUAAACAGAUAUGUAACUCGGUUCGGCCAUUGCACCCAGUUAUGCCUGCCCUAAUCGAAGUAUAUGUAAACACCUUGAUUGUACCAAAUCCUCAGGGCAAAGUUAAUGUCGAUCAUAUGCACAAGUCGUUUUCUGAAAUGGAGAUUCUUCACAUAUUUAGAUCUAAUUACAACGGUACAAAUGUAUUGGGUGACAUAUCAUCGACUCCUAAUUUUAAUGUCUUCUCCCAGUAUGGUGGUUUAGGUGGUAAUAUAUCUUCAGCAGACAGUGAUGAAUUGUCUAAAUAUCAGGUACAGUGUCCCUUAACUGCUCAGCUUUUAAUACUAUACUAUUUGGUAUUGUAUGAAGACACGCGUAUUUCCAAUUUGUCGAACGCUGUACUGAGUGGAAGGAAAGUCAAAGAAUACACAAACAAUUUUCUUUCAGAAUUACCAAUGAAAUAUUUACUUCAAAAGGCCCAACAUUAUCAUAAUGAAUAUGUGGGUAUUUUUCAUCCCCUAUUGCGUUUGAUUGUAUCGAAUUAUCCACACCUGAGUAUGGUGGAUGAUUGGCUCGAAGAACACUGCAGCUCAGGAAUUUGUCGUAACCGUAAUAUAAAUGUGCCUAAAAAUUCGGUGGAACAAAUUCAAGAAUGUCUUAAAAGAAUUGAUUUCCAAAAACUAGAUACGAAGCCCGGAAAAGCAAUACCAGUACUAAAGGCAUUGCUUAAGAUGCCGCCUGAAGAUAUUGCUCGAAAUGCAGAUCUAAUAGUAGAAAACUUACCGAAAGUAUUCCAGCGUAAGGUACCACGCUCAAUUAAAAAUUUAUAUUUAGAUAUUUGGCUUCGUUUAAAUGGUGUGUUGCCGAUAAGUUUCUGGCAAAAGUCACUUACUUCGAUUAUGGCAUCAGAAGAUUACAUAAAUCGCUGUUCUUUUGUUGUGGAAAAUAUGCUGGAUCCAUUGCAGGUUCUGCGAUGCAGUAGAGAAAUAUUUCAUUGCCCUCAUACUCUCAUAAUAUUGUUGCGUAUUCUCCAAGGAAGUUUGGCUGCAUCAAAAGCUCAUCUAAGCAUACAAAUGCAAUCAAAACAAAUAAUCGAUAAAAAUGGACAAGUACAGUGUGACACUGAUAGGGAAGAACUUAAGACCGCUUUAAUAGCUUCACAAGAGAGCGCUGCAGUUCAUAUACUGCUGGAAGUUCUAGCUGAUAUGAAUGCGAAUGGAGAUACACGUGUCUCUUCGUUUGAACUGCGCGAAGCUCAAGGUAUUAUAUGCUCAUUUAUUCAUCAAGCAUUCAUUUCUGAACCAUCUUUGGCAAAGCUUGUACACUUUCAAACAUACCCUCGUGAGGUGAUACCCAUGAUGGUUAAGGGAGUUCCUUCUAUGCAUAUCUGUAUAGAUUUUCUACACGAAUUCCUUAGCAUGCCGGAAAUGGAUAAACAGAUCUUUACAAUUGACUUGACAUCUCAUUUAGUUUUAAAAUAUGCCAUUCCGAAAAGUUUAAGUGUCUCGAAAUUCUGCGUCAACACUAUUCAAUCAGCACUAUCUCUACUCUCUACAGAGGCCAAAUGUAAAUAUCUUUGUAAUAUUUUACCGUCUCUUAUACGUUUUGCCGAAGCUUUUCCCAUUCUAACAGACGAUUGCAUCAAUAUUUUAAUGUUAACGGGUCGCAGUCUAUAUUCACAGUCAACGCUUGGCAUUAAUUCGACCCAUAUGCAGUUGACGGCCAAUUCUAGGCACAAAUGUUUCAAGGAAGCACCCCGCUAUAUAGCAAUGAUCGAAAAGGCGUUCGAAAUGUUGAUUACGAAAAUAAUAAAUAAGGUCGAAUUAUAUUAGUAAAAUAAGUAUAAAUAUAUAUGUAUGUACAUGUAUUUUAAUAAAGUUAUUUUUAUUUUAUA